CCGGUUUCAACCACCAGGGGGAGACAUCGUGCCGUGCGCUCUGUUGAUUCCCGGAAGUUGUGACAGUGUGCUCCCCAACACAACCACAACAAUGAAAGCUAUCAUUCAGAGAGUCACGAAGGCGAGUGUGACAGUGGGCGAGGAGCAGAUCAGCUCGAUCGGACGUGGACUGUGUGUGCUGCUGGGCAUAUCUGUGGAGGACACGCAGAGGGAUGCUGAGUACAUGGUGCGUAAGAUCCUGAACCUGAGGCUGUUCGAGGACGAGCACGGCCGAGCGUGGAGCAAAAGUGUCAUGGAGCGAGACUUUGAGGUUCUGUGUGUGAGCCAGUUCACCCUGCAGUGCAUCCUGAAGGGCAACAAGCCGGACUUCCACUCGGCCAUGCCCGCAGAACUCGCUCAGCCUUUCUACGACAGCAUGCUGGAGAACAUGAGGAGCACCCACAAACCGGAGCUCAUUAAAGAUGGGAAGUUUGGGGCUCGCAUGCAGGUCCACAUUCAAAACGACGGACCGGUCACCAUCGAACUGACAUCACCGACUGGACCCACAGACCCCAAACAGCUAUCAAAGCAGGAAAAGCAGCAGCAGAGGAAAGAGAAGACGCGCUCCAAGGGUCCCUCAGAGUCCGGCAGGGAGAAGGGCGCCCAGCGUUCUCGACAGGACCCCAACGCCAGCAGUGGGGCAGAGGGGGACGUGUCUUCGGAGAGGGAGCCUUAGGUCAUCAAGAUGUCGUACUGGGGACAUGACGGUGAGCCCAGUUUCCUCAGGAAGGCCUUAAACCUCAGCGACUCUUUCACCUGAUCCUGGACUGUCCUUCCUGUUUGGAAAUCAGCAGGAUUCGUUCAGCCUGUUUCAGACAUCGUCCCCUUGGCCUCUCUCCUCCACACUCAGAUAGGACCGGCUGCAUGUAGCAAAGAUGAUGUCUGGCCACAUGACACUGCACAGUUUUCUUAGAUUUGUGAGGGGAGGGGAGGCGUGGGUGAUGGCAACAUCAUAAAACCGUGCAGCCCAGUAGCUUUAUGUGCUCGGCUUUCCUUUUCCCUUCGCUCCCUUUCUUUCCAUCGUUUCAUGUUUCUGCUGCCAUCUGUCUCUUUGUCUUUUGCUUUCUCUCUGUCUGUUCUGACUUAGUCUCUGUUUAGAGACAUGACUCUGACCCUGAAGCACAGCUCAGCUCCGAGUUUAUACUGCAGGAACAUCAUGGUAGUGAGAAUGUACCAAGCUUGUUAUAUAUUGUGACACUUGUCAAAUUUUUGAGGUCUAAGAGGUUAUUUUACCUUUUUGAGUAGCAGAUUUUGUUUAAGGUCAAACUGAAGUUGCUACCACCGUCUGCUCUGUAAAAGAAAUGGCCCUGUUCUUUGUAGCUGGAAAGUUUACGUUUCAUAUGCAAAGACUUGAGAUGAAACUUCUGUAAAGUCAGUCAUUGGUUAGUGAAGUCCUCAAGCUCAGUCUUUUUGGCCUUACCUUCUUAAUUUGAAACUAAAUGUGCACCUGGAUCCUGCUUUCUCCUAAUUCUGGCUGUAAAUUUGUAAAAUGAUCAUCAUGUUUUAGUAAAGAAGACCGAAAAAUAUCAGCGGAGCACAUAAACACAUCACCAGUAUUUACUUUUCCUUCUUUCUUUUUUUUAAAUUUGAGAUCACUGAUGAAUUUUUCCCACACUGAUUUCUGUACAAAUGGACUGCUUUUUUAGCAGCUAGUUGAGUCGCCCCCUGCUGGCCUUUUGCAUGGUCUUCACUUUCUGGAAUCAGAAGCUACGUCACUAAUAAGUAGACAGCAGUCUGCAGCAACACCCCACAAAAGCUUCAAACAACAGCCUGCAUUAAAUCUCCAGCUACAUGUAAGCACGAUGCUGCACGCCGACUUGCUAAGUUAGCUAACAAACAUCCACUGGGUAAAAGCGCAUUGCUAACAACAUUAGUUUGGCUAACCAGCCGAGUCUUGGCUAACUACUGUCUGCUAGCAACUUAGUGACGUAGCAUAAAGAUGCCUGUGUAUCAUGUACUCAUUUAGCGGCGCACAUUUGUUAACAUUAUCUGCUUGCACUGACUCAGCUUUCACUGAAACAUGAAUGGUAACCAACUAACUCAGAGGCUGCCAGAGUGUUUUUGAUGCCCCAAAUCAUUAUUGUCUCUUCAUUAACAGAAAUAAGAAUAGCUUUACACUUUAAAAUCACUUUGACUAGACUACAGCAGACGGAUAUGUGAUUUCAGUUGGACUUUAAAUGCUAAAAUGUGACCUGUGUCUCAGUGUGUUCCUCAAUUUAUUGACCCACUCAGUGGGAAUGACUCUAGAAAGGGUGCUGCAGUCGAUUGUAAGACCAGGAUCGAGUUUCUGCGACUGCCCCAUUCACCUGUGCUUUACACCUGCGGAGAGGGGCCAGCUGCACCUCACUAUCAGUGUGACCGGACCAACUCUGACAUCAGCUAUUUAUUCAUGUUUCUCAUUGUGACGCUGUCCUGCUGUCACUCGACAGAUCUGAAUGUACGUUUUGUUGUCGUUUUUAUAAAGGUGUAAGAAAGAA